AUGGCCCGUCGCAGACGUAUGGUAAGAAAUGAUGGAUCUACUGAGACGAAUGGGGAAACGAGCUCUGGGCCAGCUUCUUGGGACGCGUUGACCUACAAACGGCCAAAGAAGUUAAAAGUACCUUGUGCACGUGUUGAAAGCGAUGGCGAGUGGUUUCAAAUCGAACGAGUUCUGGAGACGGUCUGCCUUGUUGGAAGUGAUAAAGGAUGGCAGAACCUGGUGCAAUGGAAACCGAACUGGUCAAAGCAAAUCCACACUCCAUCAGCUCUGAAAGAUUUCUAUGGUCGUGCCACCGUAUUAGGUUGUGUGGUGAAGAACGAAACUUUGCGAUCCAGAGUUCGUCGGAAGAUUGAGUGGAAUCGAAAAGAAUUUAUGAGCUGCAAUUUCCGUAUUCGAGUUGAGCAUCCAGAUGGAUCUGUCACUUCUGAAAUUAAUAUUCCACGCUGUUUGUACCUGCACAAAUGUGUGGCUAAGAAGGAGGAGAAGGCUCAAACGCCGACUUCGGAUGUUCAGAAUCCUCCGGCGGAUCAUGUCGAAAGUCUAACAGUUGUGAAGCAAGAAGUGUCUCCAUCAUCUUCACCAAAGAAGGACUUCAUACAGGACGUAUGUUCCGAAAGUGUUCCGCUGAAGGAAGGGUUCGACGUUCGAAAGAAAGCCGGUCUUAAACGAAGAUCCAGUCGUCGUUUCGGAGCAAGGACCAAAUGGUCUCGUAGUAGAAGCUUGAACGCGAGAGCUAGCGCUAACGAGCUGAUUAGCUCUCCAUCGACCAAGGUGCAGCAGCCGUUCAAUGAAGUUUCAAAUAGAGAAGAAGCCAGAGCCGCUCAUACGAAGGUUACGAUGCCCCCUGGAAUAUCUCCGGCUUGUGCGCAAGAGUUUCUUAGAAAGGUUCGUAGCGCUGGCAGACGCCGAUCUACUCCAUCUCAUACGAAUAUAAAGUUACGAAACUCUUCUUCAAAGCAUCUGAACGGGAAGCGACCAUCUACGUCAAAUACGGAUGAGGAGAUCGUGGUGAUCGGAGAAAGUACUCCGAAGAACGAACCCAAUAGAUCUCGUCUCUCACUUCCCAACAACAGAUCAGUGCGCUCGAUUUCGACUCCUAGAUCAUCACUCAAAAGACGUCCAAAUGGAAAGAGAAGUCCUGGCGCGAAGGAAAAUCACGAAAGAGAUAUGAACAAAUCACUGAAGAAGCCAUCCGAUUCUGGUACAAAGUCACAGCAUAAAACGAUGAGUGCCAAACGUCCGCGACGUUCGAGCGAGGACGGAAAAUCACUCAGUUCUAAGCGAUUUACGCCGAUGCGUCCUCGAAACUCACUGGACUACUAUUUCAACUGUGCCUCUCGUAAAAUCGAGGUUCUCGGAAAUGUUACCAAUCAGCAGAACAUAAGUACUAGGUGA